ACGCAUAGGAAAGACCAGAGUUAACGCAAUAGGGGUGCUUAUAUUAUUAUUAUUAUUAUGCUUUAGCCGUUAGAUAUCAAAAGCUUUAGAAUUCACCCAAUCUAUUAUGUGAUUUUAGUCGUAAAUUUCGUGUCAAACAAAGAUGUCACCUUCAAGAAUUCCUCUGUCAUCCAGAGGCCAUGACUAGUUUUCUUGAGUUCUCCGUAUUUGCACAGCUUGAGUUGCCUAUAUAUGUAUAUCAUGUUUUUCGUCUUUUGUUGUAUGCGUCAACAGUGUCUGUCAUCUUCUCCAACAAAACUUUGCGGUGUUUUCUGUGUGCUGCAAUGAACGUCGAGGAUACCCCUGAUGAAAAUGAAAAUACGAAAAUCGUCAGAAAUGUUGAUGAACGUACCAAAGAACAAAAGGAGAUCGACGAUUGGCUUCCAAUCACAUCUUCGAGGAACGCAAAAUGGUGGUACUCUGCUUUCCACAAUGUCACUGCCAUGGUUGGAGCAGGUGUCUUGAGUCUUCCAUAUGCCAUGGCCAAUCUAGGAUGGGGUCCUGGUGUAGUCAUCCUGAUACUCUCAUGGAUAAUCACUUUAUACACCCUAUGGCAAAUGGUUGAAAUGCAUGAAAUGAUUCCAGGAAAACGGUUUGAUAGGUACCAUGAACUGGGUCAACAAGCCUUUGGCGAAAAACUUGGUCUGUACAUUGUGGUACCGCAACAGCUCAUUUGCGAAGUAGGAGUGGACAUCGUGUACAUGGUCACUGGAGGGAAAUCGCUGCAAAAGGUCCAUAAAAUACUUUGCAAAGAUUGCAAAUCAAUCAAAACUACCUACUUCAUCAUGAUUUUCGCUUCGGUACAUUUUGUCCUCUCCCACCUUCCAAACUUCAAUUCCAUCUCUGGGGUCUCGUUGGCGGCUGCGGUGAUGUCUUUGAGUUACUCUACAAUUGCUUGGGCAGCUUCCGUCCAUAAGGGGAUUCAGGCAGAUGUGGAUUAUGGUUAUAAAGCCUCGAGCACGUCAGGAACAGUGUUCAACUUCUUCACUGCCUUGGGUGAUGUAGCUUUUGCUUAUGCCGGACACAACGUAGUAUUAGAGAUCCAAGCAACAAUCCCUUCUACGCCUGAGAAACCCUCCAAGCGGCCAAUGUGGAGAGGAGUGGUGGUCGCCUAUAUUGUAGUGGCAUUGUGCUACUUCCCAGUUGCUCUCAUUGGAUAUUACAUGUUCGGAAACAAAGUUGAAGAUAACAUCCUGAUCUCGUUAGAGAAACCUGAAUGGCUUAUCGUAGCAGCUAACCUGUUUGUCGUUGUCCAUGUCAUUGGCAGCUAUCAGAUAUAUGCAAUGCCGGUAUUUGACAUGAUAGAAACUUUGUUGGUAAAGAAGAUGCAUUUUAGACCAUCAACAACCCUUCGUUUCAUUGUACGCAAUUUAUAUGUUGCAUUCACAAUGUUUGUAGCCAUUACCUUCCCUUUUUUCGGUGGUCUUCUGGGAUUCUUUGGAGGAUUCGCAUUUGCACCAACAACAUACUUCCUCCCCUGCAUCAUGUGGCUUGCCAUUUACAAACCAAAGAAGUUCAGCUUAUCUUGGUGUACCAACUGGAUCUGCAUCAUACUGGGCCUCCUGCUGAUGAUUCUCUCACCUAUUGGAGGGCUAAGAAACAUCAUACUUCAAGCCAAGACCUACCACUUCUACUCUUAAACCACCUCAGACACCAGAGAAGUCUGCUGCUGUUAAAUCAAAUAAUGUUAGUAUAUUAUAU